AUGGCGGCUCUCCUCUUGCUCGCGGCAGUCGGCUUCUCGCCGCGGGCUGCCGCCCGCGCGUCGACAGGCGCUUGCCGCGCCCUUGGACGCACUCAGGAGCGAGAGCCGCAACCUGCUCAUCACAACAGGAUCUACGAGUACAUCCCUCUCUACCUGACGGGCAGCACCCGCGCGCAGGAGAUCACCCGCGAGCACUACAUGGGCGAGAUCCUCUUCCCUGGGAUGAGCCGCCGCCCGACUUCGGACGGCCGCCACGGCCUCUUUCAGCGCGACUACCACGGGGAGCUCUCCUUCGGCUGGACCAAGGAGAGCUUCGGGGGGCGCACCUUCCUACAUCAGCGGUUUCUGCCGGCACACCUACGUCUGAUCUACCCUCCGCCCGCGGCGCUCUCGGGCCGCUGCGGCGCGACAGCGCCGCUCCUCGGACGUGCUCCUCAUGGUUCGGCACCCUUCCGUGCCAUCCGAGUCCUACUCAUACCGCCAGGUGACCCAGGCUAUGACCUCGUGGGCACGCACCAUGAUGGAGUCUGUGGGCAGUCGUCGCACGCCCUUCAGCGGGGCGGACCUCAGCUCGGCGACUCCGUGGACGAGACGUUUCUCGGCUCCUCGUCCCUGCUCGCGCCCGACUCGUGGAGCGAGGUCGACAGCGCCGUGGGCACCUUCCUGGAGCUGGAGGGCCUCUUUGGACGUCUUUGGCAACGGUUCCUCUCGGACCACGACACCUUCUUUGUCAGCGGGGGCACCUGCAUAGGGACGCACGGACGAUCACGCAGGAUCGACUUCUUCUACGCCCCGUCCGCCCCGGAGUCCCACGCACGCCAGUGCAAGGCCCCCAUGGGAGCAGGACGCCGCCUCAACAUACUGUACGAUCGAGACCACCGCUCUGUCUACGCGGGCGACAUCUUCGAGGCCCACGCGCUGCGCACCUGGGACUACGACACGAUCAUGCUUCGUCUGGAGGGCGCCCUGAAGUCGCGCGACCUGCAGCAGGCGGUCACGUUCCUCCCCAAGAUGGUGCGCCUGCACGCCCAGUUGCUCAGGGACCUAGCGGACUCGGAAUGGAUCAGCAUCGUGACCACGCCCACGGCUACCUCGAUCGUCGCAGCUCGGGAAGCGGGCAAGAUGCACGCAGAGGCGGCGCAGCCGCGCACGCGCCGCAAUGACCAGUACACCAGGAUGCAGCUCGCUAGCGCGGACCAGAUCACACUGAAGAGCGUCAACCCAGACGGCCCUCGGGAGACUUGUCUCGACGUUCUGGGCGGCCGCCAGAAGAUGGGGACGGGCCACCUGGAAUCGAUGGCCCAGAAACUGCCAGACAAGAACCGCCAGAUCCACUACGGCCAGAAGGGCUGA